CCGAGGCGAACGGACGGCUGGCCGGGACUUGGCUGCUUCGCUCACAGACAAUAAGAACAUUGAGUGGAAAAGGAGGAAUAAAGGGGAAAUUAAUUCUCCGAGCAACGGGGGGAGUUCGGUCAGCCGUUUGAGAGCUGUUUGUCAAGAACAAUGCAUGCAAGUGCAAGCGCCCUACGGACCCUCAUCAAAGGAGGGCGGGUAGUGAACGACGACUGCACCCAGGAGGCCGAUGUCUACAUCGAGAAUGGCGUCAUCCAGCAGGUGGGCCGCGAACUCAUGAUCCCCGGUGGUGCCAGGGUCAUUGACGCCACCGGCAAGCUGGUGAUGCCGGGUGGCAUCGACACCAGCACCCAUUUCCAGGAGACCUUUAUGAACGUGACGUCCGUGGACGAUUACUACCUCGGCACCAAGGCUGCACUUGUUGGAGGAACAACAAUGAUCAUUGGCUAUGUAUUACCAGAUAAAGAAACUUCACUCUUAGAGGCCUAUGAAAAAUCUAGAAAUCUAGCAGAUCCCAAAGUCUGCUGCGACUACUCACUCCAUGUUGGUGUGACCUGGUGGGCUCCUGAGGUACAACUUGAAAUGGAGGAAUUAGUGAAGGAGCAUGGUGUGAAUUCAUUCCAAACAUACAUGGCAUACAAGGACCAGUACAUGCUGCGAGAUUAUGAACUUUACCAGGUUUUUCGUACAUGUAAAAGUCUGGGAGCAAUAGCUUGUGUUCAUGCUGAAAAUGGAGAUCUUGUUGCAGAGGGUGCAAAAGAAGCUCUUGAAUUGGGAAUCACCGGACCUGAAGGAAUAGACAUCAGCAGGCCUGAAGAGGUUGAAGCAGAAGCAACACAUCGUGCCAUCAUAAUUGCAAAUCGAACCCAUUGUCCAUUAUAUUUGGUUAAUAUCUCAAGCAAGUCAGCAGCUAAUGUCAUUGCUUCCGCACAGAUGCAUGGCAAUAUUAUAUAUGGGGAAACGACCUUGGCGCACACGGUUCUGAAUGGAUCAAUCUAUUAUCACCCAGACUGGUCUCAUGCUGCUGCCCAUGUUACUGUUCCUCCACUCCGACUGGACUCUAGCACUCCCAACCACCUCAUGAGCUUGCUAAGCAGUGACACUAUUAAUGUUGUUGCUUCGGAUCAUCGUCCAUUUACUGUCAAGCAGAAAGCUGUAGGAAAAGAUGAUUUUACCAAAAUUCCUCAUGGUGUAACUGGAGUGCAAGAUCGAAUGACUGUCAUCUGGGAGAAAGGAGUGGUUGGUGGCAAAAUGGAUGAAAACUGCUUUGUUGCUGUGACUAGUUCCAAUGCUGCAAAAAUUUUCAAUUUGUAUCCCAAGAAAGGAAGAAUAGUUCCAGGAGCUGAUGCUGAUAUUGUUGUGUGGGAUCCAGAAGCUACAAGAACGAUCUCUGUGAGUACGCAAGUACAGGGUGGUGAUGUGAACCUUUAUGAGAAUAUGCGAUGCCAUGGUGUUCCUCUGGUGACAAUCAGCCGUGGUCGAGUUGUCUAUGAAGAUGGGAUCUUUACAUGUGCUGAGGGAACUGGGAAGUUCUGUCCACUUCGACCUUUUUCAGAUUUUGUGUACAAAAAACUGAUCCAAAGGGAAAAGAGUCUGACUGCAAAGCCUGUGGAUCGUGCCCCAUAUGCAGGUGAUGUGGCAGUAGUACUUAAUGCAAAGAAGGAGAUGCCACCUCAUUCAGAACAUCAGUCUCGUGUCACAACACGCCACAGUGGAGUGAGGGAUUUGCAUGAAUCCAGCUUCAGCUUGUCAGGAUCCCAAGUUGAUGAUCAUGUGCCAAAGCGCCCUGUCUCCAGAGUUCUGGCUCCACCUGGUGGUCAUUCUAAUGGCAUUUGGUAAAAGAGUAGCAUGUUCACAACUGAAACCUUCAACUGAAAACACAAGAGUAUGAAUGAAUAAGCUCACCCCACACUGGAGAUAACCACAACAGCCUCAGCAACACAGUAUUGAUAUCAAAAGAAUGAACAUGCAGCUUCUUGGUUCUUUUAAGACUUUUGCAAGAUGUGGGAGGAUAUUAGAUCAACACAGCAGGAAUUUGGUCAGACCUGAAAAGUGGCGAACAACACAAUUCACAAAUCCAUUACUAUUGACCCUAUGUUAGGCUCUGCUGCUGUGCACAAAAAGCCCAUAAUUCUGCCAUAAUAAACUCUGCACAAGUGAAUUGUAGUGUGCAUUAUAUGAUCUGUCUACAUGUACUGUAACUUUUCCUUAAUUCUUUACCUUCAAAAAUCUUUGAAUCCUUUAAAAUGUAUUAAUAUUUACACAUAAUUUGUAGUAUAACUUCAGUUGGUGCAUACAAGGAUUGUUUUUAAUACCAAUGUUUUAUGCUGCUCUCAAUAUGAAAUUGUCACUUUGUAAACUGAUAAUUGCUUUUACAUAUAUAGAUUCUGAAAAACUGAAGAAGACAAUUUGAAAUUGUUACAGUAAAUUGUUAGUUGUUUAUUAUGUAUAAUAUAUUGUAUGAUUGUCACUAGAAUUAUUUGGAAUGGAUAGUAUAGUUUUAAGAAUUUUAUUGUAGAUUUUUUCUUUUUUCUAGAAUUAGGUUGAUAUUCUUUGAGGAUUUUGUUACUUAAUGUAAAGGAUUUGUGUUUUUCCUAUAGUGAAAGAAUAAUACAGCAAGAAUUCUGGAAGGAAUAUCUUUACUUGGUGAAAACCUGAAAUUCAUUAUUACAUAGAAUGUGCACUGAUGCACACAAGUGAUUGCACUGUACACAAAUUCUUGAAAUAAUGAUGGGUCAGUCUUUGAUUUUCUUUGGGUGUAGUUAGCAUUUAUUUACAUUGAGCAUGUGACAUCAUGAAACUAAAUUUCUCCCGUCAUUCCACAACCCCAGUAUCAUACAAGGUCAUGCAACUAUUAAUAAUGUUUUGGAAAUUACACAAUAUGAUUGUCUAUAACAUGAUAGUAAUUUGUUUCAAGAAUUGUGAAAAUCUUUUAUCCAAAGUUGUUUUUCUUAAGGGUCUUCCUACAACUAUAAACAUUUAUUAAAUAAUGUAAUCUGUCAUAAUUAAACUAUGUAGAUUUGUAGGAUAUGUGCAUUGUUGGCCUCAGUAUUAAAAGUGCAGUCUAAGUGGGCUGCAUUAAUUAAUGUGAUCAUUUAUUUUAAUGGAAAAUAGAUAUUUAUUAGCAAUACCUUGAACUUAUAAAAGGAGCAUAUUUUAAAAUAAUUUCAUAAAUAUAGUUUAUGAAGAUGGUUCCCUAAAUUAAAAUAGAUAUGGCAGUUAGUAGGUAUUUAUAGUGUUUUUUUGCUUGAUAUUUUCUCCUUUUCAGUCCAUUUCCCUAUUAUAUUUCAAAGACUGUACACUGUAGAGUUGAUAAAAGGAUCUGCAAAGAAAUUAUAUUACAAACAGUAUUAUGAAUUUAAACUCAGUUUUAUUUAAUUUUAAGGCAAUCUGUUAUAUUUAUCUUCAAGUGAGCUAAGCUUGUGUUUCAGGUAUGUUUUGAGUUCAGAUUAUUCUCCUCUUUCCAGGAUGUUGCAUAGUAGCCAGACUGCUAAGUAAAUCAGUCAAUUAAUGGAAAAUUGUUGAAGCAAGGUAAAAUUGGGGAAAGUAAUUAUCAUUUGUACCAUAAAACUUGUUUGAAAAUUAUUUAUGGUUAGUUAUACAUUGCUGAAAGCCAUUACAAAAUCUGAAAAUAAUUGGUAAAACUUGUAAUAAUUGAAAUGUGUUUCUUUUUAAUCCCACUGCCAUCCCCACAAGUUCUGACUUCUGACUGUGGCAGUUGACUAAGGUGUUAUCAAUACUGUGAGUUGCUAAGGUUUUCAGAUCAAAAGGUCAUUUUAAUUUUUGAACAACAUUUAAGAUACUUACUUCUUAUGGUACAAGUUUGUAAUUUAGCCACAAACCUCAGAUGACUUCAUGCCCUCCAAGGGAUUAUGUGCUUUACAAAAAUCCCAUGUUAUUUAUUUUUCA